UUAGUCCAUUAGCGAAAAAAAGAAGGAUAUUUAUCAUAACAAACAUUCAACUUUGAAAGUUUAUCUUGCAUUGUGUACACAUGUUCGUCAGACCGCCUACAGUUCGAACAACCAGAAAUCCCCGUAGACGACCCCCACAUAUGCUUGGUUUGAACGAAGUGAAUCGUCCACUGUUACGACAAGUGAUCAGAAGUCGUCGAUCGAAUCCAGUCCGUGAAGCAUAUGUAUUAGAAAUAAGAGAAGGUCCUGUGGUUAAUAACAACUCAAAUGCAGCUACUACAAGGAUGAUACCCCAGCCAUGGGUUACUGUGCGCGACUAUUUUAAGGGAAAUGACUUUGUUAGUCUUCCUGUUUCUAUUUGCAACACAUUAUUGAAACACCUUAUGACAUGUGCCAUAGUUGAUGAUGACCACCGAGUAGAAAGCUCUGAAGAUAGUGAAAUUGAGUGUACUUCUUCACCUUCCCCCAAAGUUGGAGAAGAGGCAAGUUUAACUGAAACAUCCGGUGAAACAGCAUCACAGGUUGAAGGGGGAGCAUCCGAAGGUACGAAAGUCAUCAAGAAAGUAUCUUCACGUGUCAAACCUCAUACCUUCCAGCUUAGUUUAUUAAAACCUAUAAGAAUAGUGUGUGAAGCAACAGGAUGUACACUGGAGGUUACGGCACGUAAUCCUUUGCCAAAACACACAUCUACUAGUUCAGAAGAACCAACACAAACAGUCCAAGCUGAUCCUGAUAAGCGAUGGCUUAUUUCAGCUCCACUAGAAAUUCGUAAAAGUAAUUCUUCAGGUGGUGAGCAUACCUUGGAUGGCAGUGGAAUCGGUAGUACCACUAAUGGAAGUGGUCGACGUCAGUACUCCUGGGAAACACGUGGCACCUUGGAACUACAUACGAGUCUGAUGCCCAAGCUAUUAACAUUUCUUGCCGAUGUUGCGACACGUUAUCGAGCAAUUGAUUUAAUUCCAAAAGUUCAAUCACUAUACAGUAUAUCGGGUGAAAGAAGGUUUUUGUUUAAUUUAAAAGAUACUCGAUGGGGAAAACGAAUUCACAUUUCUCAAGUUACAGACCUACAUCGUAAUGUUAUCGGCAUUCCGUUAGAGGAUUUGGUUAGCUUUCGCUCAAGGUUAGAUACGGUGAUAAAAAGUUUAGGAUUGGAAGAUCAAUAUGCCAUACGCUCAUCUAUCCACAGAAACAGUGAAAAUAGAUUAACACAUAAACAACAACAUGCACCAGUUUCAUCUCAAGAUACUUCUAAUUUGCCAGGUGAAUCCGUAGGUGGAGUGAAUAGUACAGAAAUAGACGAGGAGAACAAUCGUAUCGACACUAGCAAUACACAAAAUCGUACACAUGGACGUGAAAAUCGUCCUUCACGUACAGGGGUAUUCUCACUAAACAAUAAGGAAAGCAGAAAUGCAGGGGCAUAUGAUAGUGAAUCUGGACAGCGUCGUAACCGUGGUAACAGGUUCGGAAGACGUAGUAAUUGGACGAAUGGAGGACGUGGAAAUCCAGUGAAACGAAGAGAUAAGAAUCAAUUAUCUUCUAAUCAAGAUUUAAAAACAUCUGAUGAAAUUGAACACAAUGAAGUAAACCCAAAUUCUAACCUUCAGAAUUCACUCGAACCUGCUGUUGAACCGACUCGAAUAACGCCUGCAGCUGAGGCCAGUGCAUAAGUAAAAUAUUUUGAC